AUGGGGCAGCCAGAGCUGGGGAAGGCGCCGUCCGACGCCGAGCCGGACCGGAGCCAAAGGACCCGCAGGCAGCCGCCGAGUCACAGCCGGGGACAGCGAGGGCGAGCCAGGGGGCAGGACGGGCGGAACCCGGGCGGAACCCGGUCCCUGCGCCUAUGUCUAUGGCGCUACUCCUUUGUUGCUGCUUACUUCCUGCAUAUUUACCUGUUGACUACGGAACAAUAGACAGAUGGAAACUAAACAAAAUGUAAAGAAAUGAAAUCGAAGUGCAUCACAAUAAUUACAUGGCCUCUGGUUUCGGUUUCGCUGGGCGGCAUAAAACGAUUAAAAUGCGUCCGAGUCCAAGAUCGGAGAAGCCAGUCUGCCUAAAGUCAGUCAUCGUCAGGAAUAGACAACACUGGGCUCUCUAGACAGGAGGAGGUUGUGUAAAAUGGCUACAGACUGGACUCCCGCUCUCUGGUCGGAUACCUUCGCUGAGCUGGAGGAGGACGAGCUGGAACACGGCGACAGCUGGACGCUAAAUUUCCGCUUCAGCUGGACGGAGACCCUGACUGUCGCGGAGAGGAAAAAAGGCUGGAAGAUCUACUGUCACCGUGCUCAAGGAGGGUUCAGGUGCAGCAAGUGUUUCCAAUGUUGGGCGUCAGACGAAGCUGAAGUCCUCUUCCGCUACCGCCUGCAGAGCUUGGCAUGCCGGGGAACCAUCAUCAUGAAACCCAAUUGCCAGACCUGCUCCCAUUGCCGCGGGGAUUCUAAUUGGCCGGGGUUCUCCCUGGAGGAAGUACAGAAAGCCCUGCACCACCUCUUCAAUGUGAUCAAGAACAACUGCUAUGGCUCUGUACAAUAAACCCCAUUAGACCAUAAGAACAUAAGAACAUAGGAACUAUACAAACGAGAGGAGGCCAUUCGGCCCAUCAAGCUAUGCAAGGCCUGCAGUUUCAGCACCUACCGCCAGAAUGAGUAGUGCCUGCGGGGCCGAGCACAGGAAGGCAGGCAGUCUGCAGGCCUAACUCUCUGUAGAAGGGACAUGGGCUGGGGGAUUGUGUGCUGCUUUGGGAACUGUCCUUUUUACCUGAUAAAUAACCAGCAAAGAAAAACUUGGUU